AUGCAAAAACGCAGCAUAGUUGUAAAAAGGUCUCGCCAAGCUCGACGGGGUGGAAUCGAAAGUGGCGAAGAAAAGAACCGAACCGAGAGAAACCAAGAAGAAACGUCGUUUGAGGACUACACCCCCUUGAUGACAGUCGUUCGCUCGCUGUUGAGCUUGUCUGCGUUUCGGGCGUGCGACUCCUUCUUGCAGUCCUCUAGCCCGCUGCACGAGUGCGACUCGAGCAUGCGGUGUUUCUCGCAAAAGUGGCCAUUGCAAAAGGUGCAGUCUCCGAUGAAGCGCUGGGCGGCGUUUUUGCACUCUUUGAAGUUGCAGCGAGGCUUGCGGACAGCCAUGUUGGCAAGUUGGGCAAGCCGGACAAGAGUCGAGCGAGAGUGGGAGAGGCAGAAACAGCGAGAGCGAGAGUUUGGCAAGUACAGAAGGGAGAGAGGAGAGAAAGAGAAAGAGGAAGAGGAAGAGGAAGAAGAAGAAGAAGAAGAAGAAGGGGCCCAGAUAAAGGGACGACAGCGUGACCCCGGCUAG